UCCUCACAUAAUUAACAUUUGACCCAUCAAAAACAAAUUAAAACCACCUCAAAUAUUUGCACAAAAAAAACCUUCACCCAACAAACACGGCAACGUUUAACGUACUUAAACACCGCCUCACGCAAAACCCUACCGUAUUUAAGCAACUUCGUCCGAAAACAAAAAGUCUUAUGCCAGACACGAUGCAAAUCAUACUCCUCUCGUUUUCUUUAGUCCUCGUCUACUCCGGCAGCGUUCCUCGAUGUCCGGAAAACGAGCACUUCACAAGAUGCGCAUCGCCAUGCCAAGCCAAUUGUCAAAAUAACGUUACCCUGCCGUGUUCAGAAGUUUGCAUAAUGGGGUGUGUUUGCAGAGAGGGUUAUAUCAGAGAGGGUAAAGGAGGGCAGUGCGUGCCGAGCUGCGAGGGUGUUCCCAUAUGUGGCAAGAAUGAGAAAUUUGCGAGUUGUGGUAGCGCUUGUCCACGAAAUUGUGGAGAUGAAGAGGUUAAACCCUGUAGCUUGAUUUGUGUAAAGGGGUGUGUUUGCGAACAGGGCUAUGUAAGAGAAAAAGGCGGAGGAAGAUGCGUGGGAGAAGAAGACUGUAAUAAAAGUAUUAAAUGAAAAUAAAAAUUCUGACACAGUUCGUGUUACACGAUUAUAUUUGA